CAUGUAUAAAUCAUAUAUUCAUUCGAAUUUAUUAUGAUUCGCGUGUUUAUCGAAAUUAAUUAUAAAGAUUUCGUAUAAAUUUAAUUAACGUUCUGUAAAACAGAUCAUAUAAACGUUUAUCCACUCAUAUCAGUGUGUGUGUCAUUUUCCUAUGUAUUUGACGUUUGAGUCAAUGUGUGAGUAUUGUUAAAGGAUUUUGAUAAUGUGCAAAAACAAAGUCGAAAAAAUCAAUCGACAGUGCGAGGACAUGGGGGUAUUGUAAACGCAUGGAAAAGAUGGUGAAUUCAACCUAGAAGAAGUUGUUUUAGCGCAGCUUCGUCAUGAGCCCCGCCAGGGGGCCCAAGGGGGCUCCGCGCCCCGUUGUCAAGAAGACCCCACUAAAAUCUACUAAGAACACUGCUUCAAAACCUGCAAGUUUUAAAGCAAACGCUGGAAAAACUCUCCGAGAUAAAUUGAAAAUCGUUAAGGAUCUUACUGAAAAGCUUUGGAAAAAUAAACAAAAAUUGGCGAAUGAAGCAUCUAAUUUUGGAAAAACACAAAUCACUUUGGUCACGGAAGAAAAUGAAGAAACUGGUAAUAAGGUUGAUGUCAAUAAGAAAGUUGAUAAGAAGAUAGCUGCUAAGAAAAAUGUUAAAGAAGAAUCUACAGUGACGCCUCAAGAAAAAAAUUUGGAAACAGAAAAGGGAAACGUUAAGCUACAAAGUGGUGCAUCAACUCCUUUGAUUAUUGAAAUUUCGGACGAUUCAUUAAAAAGUGAUAAGAACACACAAGGUAAAAAAGAUUCGCCAGUUGACCUUCCAAAAAUUAAUGUUUCUGACAAAGAGAGUGUAAAAACAACAAGUCAGAAGAAAAAUAAUGAUAAAAAAGUUAGCAAGCCAGUUUCAAAAGUUAUUUCUAAAAAUUUAGGCUCUAAGAAAAAUUCACCUGAUUCUUCCAAUCAAUGUGAUCCGAAAAAAAGUGCAUGUGAUGAUGAUAAAAUUCAGGAUUCUACACCAACUAAUAAUAAAAAAACCAAACCUAAGAAGAAUGAAACUCAAAACACUGAAACUAAAUCAGUAAUUCCAAAAAAGACUCCUAAAUCCAGUAACGAGCAGAAAAAAGAAAAGGCAGUAGCAAAAGGAUUAGGUUCUAACAAUAGUGCCAAAAAGACAGUUAAGAAAGCGGCGACCAAGAAAAGUACAAAAAAUAUUAAUGAAGAUGAAGUGCAGAAUGAUUUAGAUAACAAGGCAGACAAAAAAAUUAAGAAAAAGACAGUUGCAAAAUCUAAGGUACCUCAAAUAGUUACAGCGGAUAAUAAUGUUCAAGUUGCUCAAUGCAGUAGUGAUAAAAUAUCUAAUUUGAAUCAAGUUGAUAAAACUUUAGAUACUGAUGCAAAGAAGGAUGUUACUACAUCAAAUGAUAAUAAUUCUCAUGCCAAAAAUGAUGCGACGAAAGAAUCACCAACACUUGAUCAAAAUAGCAAAUCUGACACAACAAGCCCGGUGGUCAAAAAAACCGUUAAGAGGUCAUAUGUUAAAAAGAUAGCAACUAAUUUGAAAUCUGAUAACUCUGACAAAACUAUCGAUACUGAAAAACAACCUAAGCAAAGGAAGCCUAAAACUACAGCAACUGUUAAAACUAAAGGCACUAAAACUUUGUCUACAACAAAAAAGGUAGAUACAGAAUCUAAAAGUGCAUUGGAAUCUCUAUCCAAUGAAGAUGGAAAGGAUAAAGAAAAACUUAAGCCGGAAUUAGACAAUAAUGCAAUUUGCACUCAAAUUGAGAAAAAAGACAUUACUAAGAAAAAAGCUAAUGCCAAGACUAAUAAAAAUUCUACUUCAGUUCAACAAACUGAAAAUAACAAGGAUAUUUCACAUAUUGAAACGAAUGAAAAUAAAGCUUCUUCAAUUGAUUCUACAAAUAAAAACUCUGUUGAAAAGGCUUUAACAGGUGCAGAUAAGCCUUCUAAGAAAAAAAGUAAUGCGAAAGAAACUGCUUUGAAACCAAAAGGUGCUACAAAACCUAAAUUAGUCAAAACUAAAAAUCCCAAAACUUUAAAACUUGAUUCAGAAAAAAUAAACGCCUUUGCAAAAGCAUUAAAGAUGACUAUUAAUCAGAAAAUGCGCAAACAAGAUGAUUGCAAAACCGACGAAGUGCCAACUGAUAAGCAAACUGAUCAGCAGAAUGAUUUGCCCGAAAAAUCUGCGAAGAAAAAGAAGACUGUGAAGCCUAAGGAUUUAAAAGAUGUAAGUGAUGAUAAUAAAAAACUUGAAGACGAAGUUAAACUUAACGAAAACAUUGAAAUGCAGAAAAAACAAGAAAAAUCUGAUGUUGAUAAAUCAAAUGAAAAUGAAAAAACUGGUGGUAAAAUUGUCAAAAAGAAGUUGGCAAAACCUUUGGAUAAUGAGAAAACUUCAAAUAAUUCUUCAGAAAAUAACUCUAAAAAAUCAGUUAAAAAACCAAAAGUCAAUCUAAGCAAUCAACAUCCAAUUAAAAGGCUCAAACAUGUAGCCAAAAAAGUCAAACCAUCGCCGAAUCCACUGAAAAAGCGUUCUGAAGGAGUACAAUUGAAAAAACACGCAAAUGCUUUGAAACGUGUUGUUAAAACAAAAAUCGGCCUGAGUGAUUCUUGCAAUUUAACGACUAUCAAAUUAAAACUGAAAUCAAAGAAAAAUGCCAAUGCCAAUGAAAAGAGCAGAAAAGCACAAAAAAUUGAGCAGAACAUAAAAAAAGAAAAAAGUGAUUCUGAUGAUGCAUCUUCAAAUGCCACCUGUGACGUUGAUAUCAAAGAAGUGAAAAAAGAAAAUAGUGAUCAUGAAGAAGAAAAGAAAGAUACAAAUAAUCAGAAAGUUUGUAAAGUAGAAAAACGACGGAUAAAACCAGAACCUUCCAAACGAUUGAAGAAGUUAUGGAAUGCACCAAAAGGUAGAAGGGUUGCAUCUUUGAAUGCGCUAGCCAAAGUACAUUGUCUGUAUGAAAACGAGUGCAGAUCAGCUUUUGAACUAGGUCUCUUAAAGACCACAAAAAAAUCUGAAAAACCUGAACCAGAACCUGUGCCAGACGAUGUAGACAAGGUAGCUGAAAAAAUACCAAGAACUUUAAGGAGUUGCGCCAUGCCAAGCGUUGGCAAACAUUGGGAUAUGCAUGAGUUAUCUUCAACAUCAGCAUCUUCUUGCAGAAGUGCAUCCAGUAUAAGUAGUAAUUCAUCCAUAGCCAGUGAUUCAGAUUGCGAGAGUGUCAAGAAGCCUAUUAAAAUGAUCUCCAAAAAUGCAGCUUCUAAUAAAGAUAAUAAAGACAAGGUCGUGGUGAAGGUGAAACGCAAAAGAAACCGUUUGGAUGUCACAAUGGAUCUUAAGGAUAUGGUAGUGAGGAAGAGGAUGGCUUCUUUGAAUGCGACUGCGAUUUUGGCUGCGAGUUAUGAGAACGAAAGGAAAUUUUCGAGGAGAGGAAAUUUGGGUGGUGAUUUGGGGGCUAGCAGUUCAACAAGUAGCAGCAGCUCGAGUAUCAGCAGUUCUAGUGAUGGAUCCUUGGAUGACCCCAUAUACAAAGUAGCUGGAGGUACCAUAAAAUCUGACAAAAAUGCAGUUAAAAUAGAACCAGCACAAAACUUGGAGGUUUUGGACUCGAUCAAGAAAGAAGAGGAGCAUGAAGUUUCUCUCAUCGUCAAUCAGGAUACUGAUGUCACAAUCACAGGUGUAUAUCUGAAUACGACUACUCGGUCAACUCUCCACCGACGGCUGCACCAUCACAGGACGGCUUCGUCGUCUUCCGUGAGCCAUCUGCACCGAAGUCGUUAUCACAUUUCAUCCUCAUCGUCAUGCAGCAGCAAUGGUGUUCUGCUGGAAACAGGAACUAAGGAUGUUUCUGGCUCGGAAAGUUCCGUUGGGGGCAGUUAUACUCCUUUGGGCGCCUUAUCCAGCAUGAGGCCUCCACAUAAUGCGAUCAAUACCACCACAAUUGCUUCAGGACCCGGUUCGCCAAUCUUAGUUCGUCAUACAAGUUGUUCCAGUGCGUUUUCGGCGCCUCCGCACGGCCGGACUAGCAAUCACUCAGCGGAGACACGGACCACCAACUGUUCGUCGUCAUCGCCAGGUUACUACCAGCCGGCUGGACCGCUGAUAACUAGCAGCCACCACGCUACUGCAGCCAACCAUUUCCAUCAUCACCAUCAUCACCAAAGUCAACAGCAGCAUUUGAUGGUUCAACAAUCGCCAACCAACAUGCAGCCAAUUGAACCAUCUCUGCAACCGAAUCCACAACCAUUGGAUCAAACUGUGAAGAAGUUGAGUGAAGAUAGUCAAGAAGUGGUGUACCAUAGGACCACGGCGCCUUUGCCAGCACAAUAUGCUCAACAGGUUUUACCUGCUCAUUAUUACCCACCUCCACCUCCUGGCGGUUAUGGUGAUCCUCAAGGAGCUCUCUGCUAUGGUCCUGCUCAAUAUGGACAUGCACAGGCGGUUGCUGCAGCCGCAUAUUACCAUGCUGCACGCAAAGUCUAUGCACCACCUUCACCAUCACCAUCAGGAGGCUCUUUAAAUCCACCGCAACAAAAUCCUCAGAACCUCCAAGUCGUCUCACAAUCUGCAAAUCUGCAAGCAGUUCCUGUUCCUGGUCACGACGCAUUCAGAAGAUACGUCGCUCCUCCUUAUUAUCCAGCCUAUGCCGGAAGUGGUUCUCCUGGUCCUAGUGUAGUAGAGUACGCACCUCCGCCUUCGGCAGGUGGAGGGUUACCUCCUCCUCCAGGAAGAUUUUAUCCACCUGCAUACGGUGCCCCUACAGGACCACCUCAGUGUUAUGGGCACCAUCAAGGUCCACCUGGGCAACAAAGAGCACUUGCCUAUAUAGAGCCCCCAUAUCAGACCCCUUGCCCGUGCCCGAUGCAAACGUGCCAGUCAAAAAACGCGCAUACUGGGCCCCUUAUUGGUAGCGAGCUAGCCGCAGCUGACAAACUCAGUUCGACAUUAACCACGAGUACAACCCAAAUGACGUGCUUAUCGUCGAGCUGUCAGAACAAAAUGAUCGAGGCGUCGACAAAUCUGUCGAUUUCGGCCUCUCAAUCAUCGACAUUGUCAGUUUCGACAUCGAGUUCGACGUCGACAAACGUCGACCUUACAGCUAGCGUCCGCGACAGCGAUUUGAGCAAUGCCAACAAGAAGAUCCUCGGAGUAAAGGGCCCAGUCAAGAAUCAUUCCUUAUUAAACAGCAGCAGUCAGAACGACGGAGGAGUCGUAGUGGAUGGCGUUAUAGAUUCAAUAACUUCAUCGCAUCAGCAGAGAGUUAUGUGCUUCAAAAGCGAAAAGGGGGCGGAAGAACUUACAGGUGCAGUUCAACGUCCAUCAGGAGUCCCACCAAUGAUGUUUCUACCUCUGGCUAAUCCAGCGGCAAUUAGACUGCAGUCUGAUCCUGCCAAGGACCAAACCAUAUUGAAUAAUAAUCUGCUGAUGACUAACAUAAAAGUGCAAAGUGACCAAGAAGUUGUGAAACCAAGAAAACCUCGAAUAGGCAAAUCAAUGGUUCGAAACAAUAUGCUACUAGCUAACAAUAUCCUAAUAACCGCUCAAGAACAUCAUCAAGCUGACAUCACGAAUAUCAUCCUAAAUUCAUCUCCUGCAAAUCGACAUCAUUUGAAACAUAACAUAAUUUCGGAUAUAGAUAGUAAGUGUAAUAUUAUCCAAAACGAAAUAAUUAGGGAGGACGAAAAAGAAGGCUUUGAAGAGUUGAUAAAACACGAAAUUUACGACGACACCGACAUUGUAGCAACUGAUUUGUCAAUCAAGAAGUGCAACGACGUGAUUAAACAAGAUGUAGACACUGUUGGCAAUGAUGAUGAUGAAAAAAAAUGCAAUGAUGUUGAUGGUGUUAAAGUGUGCAAAAAUAGUACAAAUGAAAAGCCUAAUCCUAAACAACGGAAGAAAUCUUCACCUGAAUCUGAUAAUGGGGAUAAAAAUCCUGAAGACGGUAAAGUGAAGCCUGUUAACCCAAAGCAUCGUAAAAGGAAUUUGAGCGAAGACAAAAGUGAUUCCAAACGUAAAAAGUGUUCGGUGGAAGAUAAAAAUAAUUGUUCCGAAAUUGUAGAAAGGACAAAAACAGAUUUAUGUGCAAAGCAAUCCAAACCAGUUUCAAAUGACGAACGUGCCACAGUAGAGUUAGUAAAAAAAAUUAAUAGUGAUAUUGGUUGUUCUAAGAAAUCUGCUAAUAAACCUAAACCACGCGGAAAGUCAUCAGUAGAAAAUAACGAUAAAGACUUAGAAAAACCCAAAAUCAAUAAAAAAUCUUGUGCAAAUGAAGAAGCUAAACCGAAAAAGUGUGAUAUCAUUAAAAAGUCAACUAAAUUAAGUGGUUACAAAAAAUUAAUAAGGACUAUUCCCGAUAAAACUAAAAACAAAACUAAACUCAAAAGAUUGGUUAAAAACAAAAGUGAAGUGUUAUCAAAACCUUUGCCCAAGAGAUUACAAUUGUUAAAAAGUAGUUUGAGCAGCGAUGUUUCUAGUAGUGAAUCCACUGUAGCUAAAUCCAAAACUCCAAAAGAAGCCACACCAAAAACCGUUGCUAAAACAACUAUCAAGCCUGCUGAACUAUCAGAACCCAUGUGCAAUAAUAACAAUGAAGUACCAGCAGACAGUGAUAAAAGUAAAAUAAAAUGUAAACCUAUCGCGAAAAACAGGAAAGGUCGAACUAGCUUGUCGAAGAAACAAGAUGUUUUGCUGGUUCCUAAGAGGAGUUUGUCGAAUCCUAGGUGGAGUAACGGAUGGAGCUGGGAAGGAGAACCUUUUAAAGGGAAUGUAUUCUUGAAUAGUGAUGAACCACUAGUUUCCCGCACAUGCUACCCUUGCAUGAGACACGUAGAAGGAGAUCGAGUGAGGCCGAGGGAUUGUGUUUUGUUAAAAUCAGGCCAAAGAAAAGUUGAUCUACCGUUUGUUGCCAAAGUAGCUGCGUUGUGGGAAAAUCCAGAAGACGGUGAAAUGAUGAUGUCCUUAUUAUGGUACUACCGAGCUGAACACACUGAGCAAGGUAACCAUUACUAUCAAAACCACAAGGAUGAGGUGUUCGCAUCUAGACAUAAGGACACGAACAGUGUCGCCUGCAUUGAAGAUAAAUGCUAUGUACUCACAUUUAACGAAUACUGCAGGUACCGAAGGCACCUGAAAGCUAUGGAAGAAGGUAUAGAACCCAAAAAUACACUGGUACCUUUAAGUUCUAUGACAAAUUCUCAAGAAUCUGGUUCUGAACAACCUAAACAACAAACAACAACAAAUCAAAUAUCACAUACUGAUAUGACAACGUUGUUAAACACAUCUCCCGAAUUGGUUUUGUUCUGUAGAAAAGUUUACGACUUUAGGCAGAAGCGAAUCAUGAAAAAUCCAAGCUAAGAUGGAAAAAAACAGAGAGAAAUUAUAUUUAUUAAAGACUUAUAUAUUCUGCAAAGAUUUGUAGAAUAGAAUUAAUUAAAACAGACUGUUCGUUCAAUGUAGAAAUCGAUUAAAGGAUGAAUUGAUGAUGAUGUCACAAUAAAUAUAAGUAAUAUAAAAGAAGAGUGUAUAUUUAUAUAAGAAUGAAAAAUUUGUUCACAUUUUGAUGCAAUUGGAUAUUUCUAUAAUACCUGCAAAUAAUUUGGACAUUUUAGAAAUGACUAGAAAAGUCAUAUUUUAAAAUAUCAAUUUAUAAUUGAUUAGAAAAGUGUAAAAUUCAGAUCUAUUUAUCUGAAUAAGAUUGUGCGAUAUUUUUAUAGAAGAUUAUUUUAAGAUUACUAUAUCAAUUAUAAAAAUAUAGAUUUAUGGAAACUAAGCAUACGAGAAAUUGGCAAGAUUCUAAAAUAGUAGAUGUUAUUAUAAACAACAUAAAAUAAAUUAAAAUCUAUUUUAUCAUGUCACAAAUUGCAUUAAAAUA